UCUGUGACGGGUGUGGACGGCGGGUGUGAUCAAAGUGCGCGUUGCGACUACCUUCAGGUAGUUCCCAGGAGAGUUAGAAUGCCCUAUGGAUUUCAUGUUUUGCAUUCAGGCUUUAACUGCCGAAUUUACUACAGCGUCAACAUUUGUAAUUGUGCUAUGUGCGUGUUGCUGUUGGCCUCGCUGGCAGCGGCGGCGCCCCAGAACUAUCCAUUCGGCCAGCCGCCCCAGACCUACCAGGCUACGGGGGUGCUGGAGCCCGAGUCUGCAGACCUUGGCUCAAAUGAGAGGAUCGUCGCCGCCACCAUCGACAUUCUGCCAGAAUUAGCCGAAGUCUUCGAGCGAAUUGGAGUGGAUGGUUUCAGCGACGGUGAGCGAGGCCAGAAGGCGAUGUUGGAGUUCUUGCCUCUCACACGCAAGCUCUUGAAGGCCAGGGCAGACGCUGAGGGCACUGAAGUAAGGAAGGAGGACCUGCAGAGAGUCAACGCCGCCGAGGCUGUCAUGCCCGCAGUCAACGACUUCGUUAACAGACUCAGAAAACUGAACGUGUAUGGAUCCAGUGAUGCUCAGCAGUAAGGAUAUCAGCUGGCUACGCCGUUCUUAACUCUAGAACUUACAUUAUACAAUAAAUACACAUAGUAUAAAUUAAAUACUUAAAUCAUAACUUAUAUGUAUAAUUGUAUUUAAUAUUUUCUAAAUAAACUUUGCAAGAAAU